AUGUCCCCGUUCAUCAGCAUGCGGCGGUUUUCUCGAUCCGGGUCCGUCCACAACUCCUCGCAACCCUCCACUUCAGCCUCACACCAGCCGGCACCUCCCACCUCAUACACGCCGCCGCUCUCGCACGCACCCAUGAUGGCGAAUGGGACGACAGGGUCCUCCCUCCACGACUCGAGACCCGUGUCGGCAAAGACCAGCUCGAGCUUUGACUUCGCCAAUCGCCCCCCCACCAACUACCAGAUCACCGCCCUGCCGCACAGCGCCAUCGGCAAUCUCUCACGCACCGACCAGAUCGUGCUGCGACACUUCUGGGAUGUCAAGUACGACGAGAACAAGUCUCGGGACCUCCAUUUUCUCAAAUUCCCCUUCUUCCCACAAUAUCCGAAUCAUCAGGAUCUGAUUCCUUAUUGUGAAAUCUACCACCUGGUGAAGACUUCACCGGGCGCGAAGAUCAUCAGCCUUGGCAGCGCCAACGGCGUCUACAUUGGAUUCGAGCUGUUCUCCGGCUCCCAACUCCACAUCGACAUGGACGACAGUUGGCAGAACAUUUCGCACCACCGGGUCUCGUUCAAGAAGUACGACAAGAUGCUCAAGGACCCCACGUCGGACGCAACCUUCAAGUCCUGGCCGAAACCGUUGACCAUCGAGUUCCUCGAGGAGCAGUAUCAGCGCUGGAUGCUCGACCUGACCAGUCUCUGCUGGGAGACCGCCGAGGUUAGAGAGCUUGGUGGAGGCGGCGGUGGUGGGGGCCCUGGUGACGGGCUGGACGGGAGCGUUGACGGGGACUUGAAGGAUGAGAUGUUGUAG